AUACCAAGAUACUAUACCGUCUCUUCACCGUGUGUUUUCGUCGUGUUAAAUUAUUUCCACACAUUUCUGUUAGGUUUUUAUUCAAUUUUAUUCUUUCUAGUUUGUUAAUCCGGCCAAAAUGGCUCCAAAGCACGGUUUAUUUAAUAAGCGCAUUUACAUUGAUGCUAAAGAUCAUUUGCUUGGAAAAUUGGCUUCAUACGUUGCCAAAGCAAUCUUGGAAGGAAAUAAAGUUGUUGUAUUUAACUGCGACAAAAUUAAUAUUGCUGGAAGUUUUUACAGGAAUAAAAUCAAGUAUUUGUCUUUCUUACGUAAGAGGUGUAAUGUAAACCCGGCUCGCGGUCCUUUCCAUCAUCGUGCACCUAGAUGUAUAUUCAGAAGAACCGUUAGAGGUAUGAUCCCUCAUAAGACAACUCGUGGAGCACAAGCUUUACGACGUAUGAAGGCAUAUGAAGAUAUUCCAGCUCGUUACACUUCUCAAAAGACCAUGGUAGUGCCCUUAGCAAUGCGUAUGUUGAGUCUGCAACGCGGACGUAAAUAUUGUGAUGUUGGCCGUUUGUCGCAUGAAGUCGGAUGGAAAUACCAACAUGUCGUUAAGGACUAUGAAGCAAGGCGUUUAGAGCGUGAAGCUAAGCGCGCUAAACGAUUGAAGAUCAGACAUAAAUUGACUCGUGAAGCGACCAAGAAGGUAAAGAAAGCAGUCGAGCCAUAUAACCAAGUCCUUAGGGAUUGUGGUUACUAUGUACCUGCAUUGGCUUAAAAUAUUUUUUUUUUUUAUGACAUUAAAGAGAAAUUUUAAAAAAAA